UAUUUUGUCCCUUGUACUCUAAUCCACAUUGGCUACGUUUGCCCGAAUUGUAGUGAGAAGAAUUCAGCGAAAUCUCGAGAAAUUAUGGAAGCGACUAUGUCUUUGAACGCCUUUGUUCGUCUUCCUCCUUCCACGUCCAGGUUAAACGAUGACGCUUUGGUCAGGCACUCUCUGUUCUCCACUCCGGCUGUCCACAGUCCUCAGCAGCGGUGUCGCCGCCGCAUGCUGGUGGUUGAAGCGAAAGGCAAGAAGGGAAUGAUGGCUCGUCAGUUUCAGCGGCCUCCUCCUCCUCCAUUGCCCAAGAUUGAGGACGAUGGCAACCCUAAAUUUGUUAUCUUCAUUCGGAUGGCCAAUGUGUAUCUUUGGUACCCUCUUAGCAUAGUAACUGGUGGAACCACUGCUAAAAUCAUGGUUGCUGCAAAAGAUAAUUUUUUGGGGAAAUACAUUUACAAAGAUACCCUUGAUAGGAAUCUUGCAGCAGUUAUUUACCGGGAUGAAAAGGAAAUACAGAAAACUGCAUUCAAGCAGCACCGAGUGCUCCGCAAUGCUACUGAUUUCAGAUAUGGCUACAAACUUAUUGAAAAUGGCAAUAUUAGAGCUGCACUCUCUUCUUCAGAUGUUAUUGAGCUUCCUACAAAAGAUAAGCUUAAAACUGUACUUGAUAAAGUGAAAGACUUCUUUGGAGAUGCAAAGGAGUCCUUUGGGAAGAUAACAGCGUUGAAUUCUACCACGACUGAGGAGUCAGAGGAAGAUACAGCAGAGAAAGCUAACGUUAAAGGAUGAAUGUAUAGCUGGAAACAAUUGCUUGACUUGUUAUCUGCAGCAAUUAGCCCUUCUGAGGUCAUGAAGCUUCAUCUGGUGUAUAUAAAUAGACUGCUUUACUGGGAAGCUGCUAUACCCAACAUCUUCUCUAUGAACACCAGCUUCUUGACGCUGAUCAGAAAUUCUAUGGUUGGGGGAACUGUUGUACAAAAUUACUGAGUUGUGAAAUUCCAUGCGUUUUGUUUGACACGAAUUUGUUAAAUUUAUUUGAAGACUUGUUAUCAACCUGACCAUGCAUUGGAAUUUUGGUUCACUCAGUAGAACUUUGAAUCUGCUCAUGCGAUAACAUUAUCAUGUAAGACUUCUGUUUACAAUGAGAAAAGGCUAUUUGAAAUU